AUGACUGCAGAAUCAGUUGCAAAAAAUACUAUGAAGUCGACCGCGAACUUGACUGCGAAUUCGACUGUUAAGUCGACUGCAAAAUCGACUGCGAAAUUGACAGCAAAGUCCACCGCGGAAUUUACAGCGAGAUCCACGGUGAAGGCCACUGUCAAGUCAACUGCGGGACCUGCACGGAGAUUAACGGCAAAAUCAAUUACAUCCAACAGGAGAUCCUCGGUUGCAUAUCAGUCGGCUGGCAACCUAUACCCAACGACUAGAUCUACAUCAUCGAGCGUUAAAGGGAUCGGAAGCUCCGGAUCUUCAUUAAGUCUGCUGCAAUCAAAUGCCAAGGGCAUCGCAAGCUCGAAAGCCCCUUUGACGUCAUCUCGUCGUGUCCAGCCUUCCUCGACUCAGGAAAUUGCAAGCUCUAUAGUAUUGCAUCGGUCAACGACAGAGGAACAACAGAUCUCUCCAAUUCUGGCACCACUUGCGACACGCCUGGCUAUUGCACUACAGACGGGGAAUGAAGGGGCCGUCACUGAGAACGAACUUCUCAGCGUUCUUCCUAAUGCACUAGUCAAACGAUUUUCGUUGGGUUAUCAGCUACUUCCCUUUGAUGUUUCUAUUACCUGGCUUUUGGACGCGAACACUGCUUUUGUGGAGAACCCGGGAACCCUCCAAAAUAUUCUGUUCGCAAACAAGAACCUUAAGCCUGGCGACUUCCCUAACAACAACCCCUUAGCUGCUGCUGGAACAGCCCCAGGUUCCGACACCAGAAUGGCAUACUUUGGCGGAAAUCCUUUUGUGACCAACGAUGGAGGCACCUACUAUCCCUGGAAGCCGGUCAGCGACCCCGGAAUGAAGAUGUUUGACACGAAUAUCAUCACCUGGCUUCUCGGGCUGCCCACUGGUACACGCGGAGACGCUGUCUCAGCGGGCUAUGAUAUUAUCCUAUCGGGACUGAAAGAUAAUGCAGAGAACUUCACACGGAUUGCGCUCUCUCAACUCUUCCCAAACGCUCGAAUCAACGGCGGAAGAACAGGAAACAAUGUGUGUGACUUCAGAGGAAGCAGUAACCCCUGCCUCGAUGGCGCUAGCCUUCUAAUUGUGGGAGAUAAUCGCAACCCUGGAGAUGAUGAUGUUGCCACUGCUGUGGUCAGAUCGUACAAGAACGGUUUGCCGCUAUUGGUAAUGACAGAAGACGGCAACUACGAGCCGGACUCUUGGAAGAUCACUGAAUUGCUAGGCUUGACUCUUGGACAAAAUUACUUCGAGGGUCAAAAGGUGAUUGACAACUCGCCACGAAGCUAUCAAGCCCCCAGCAGCAUAAUCCGUGACGUCUUCCGCGCCGACGUCCUGCAGGUGUACUCUUCCCUCAGCAUCGACCCACUCCGGCCUUCAGACUACGCAGUAUGCAUAGCUCGGGACGGAUUGUCGACUCAAACUAUACGUAUGGGAGAAUGUGUGGAAUCUCCUCCUAGUGGAGUCGCCGCACAUGCACUUCCUUACUUCGGUGCAAUCCACAGGUUACAGAACAUCAUGAACAGUAUUUCUUCUAACGGUCUCGAUAUCUUCAGGACAACCAACGGCAUCAACACGGAGACCUUGCGCAUCCUGACUCUUUUGGCCAACAAGAUCCGAGUAGGCCCGCGGGGUAUGUCCGGUGACACUGCUAUUGCAAUCAAAUAUCCUAUCAGCACUAGAACCGAUGGAGUAGCUGUGACAAGAGCUCUGUUUGCAGAUUGGAUUGUUCCCAUGAGCACAUAUUCAACCCCGCGUGCUCUAGACCUCGGUUCUUUGUGGUGCCCUGAUAAUGUGGUCUACGAAGCGGGAAACUGUACGGCUCCUUCCUUCCCAGAUUUCUCCUCUUUCCAGGUGGUCUUGAAUUCGACGCUAGGGGACGAGUGGACCUCUACGGGGUACACCCAAUCCCCUGGCCGAGCGGCCACGAUCACUCUGCUUAAUGAUCCUGGCAUACCCGUUGCCGUCAGAACGUUUGCAACGCGGAAUGCCGAUGGCCGCACAGCGGAGUACAGUGCGGCAGGAAAACCGCUCUACAAUCGUCCUCAGUUUCCUGUUAGUGUUUGGAUCCCACUGAGACCUGGAAUAUCCACUGUGAUCAAUUCACCCUACGGCGGCCCGCUGUAUAUUAGUCUGGACGGAACAGAUUUGACCAGCUCCCGGCAAGCAUCCUUUUUAUUUCAAAACGUGAGCAAACACUUUGCUGUCCUUGAUGCCAGUAACGACAAUGCUCUCAGGCAGCUGGCUCAAGAUCUGACGAGAUCGCCGGCUUACUGGGUCGACAUAAAAGGGUCCGGCUUCGAACUCCAUGUGCCGGCCGGGAAACUUAUACAGUCCCUUGCACCUGGAGGCAUAGACAUAGGCGUUGGACGCAUGGUCUACUACAACACUACUACUACUGGACUUAGCCAGCUUAUGAUCGACUACAAGACAAGUUGGGCUGAAAGAGAGUAUCGCAUGGCAGGGUUGAAGAUCGAUGGAGAGGCUAUGACAACUUCGCUACCUCUUGAGGAUCAGCGACUCUGCCAAUUCCUCGGCUGGGACUGCCUGAACGAGUCUAUACAUCGCAUAACUGAAACGCAGCAUCUGACAUACGAUACGUACGCCGCCUGUGGCCAACUAUGCUCGGGCAACCCAAUCACCUCCAGCACAGUACCAGCACCAAUCGCUUGGGGUGAAGGACACGAGUUAGGGCACAAUCUACAACGACAGCAGCUUGAUAUAUAUUGGCCAGAUACGAGCUUAGGGAAAGGGCUAGGUGCUAUCAACGUUUGGGCCAAUUACUCCAUGAGAAGCACUGAGGUGUCUAACAACAUCUUCCCAUACUUCAACCAGUGGACAUACUUUCGUCUCACGCUUCCUGCCCGAUUUGGAACCGGCAUAGACGAUGGUCCACUGCGCCGUCACGACGUACAAGAUUUCACCAUACUGUUUAGUGCACGUCAAUCGGCGUAUCUAAAGUUGCAGCAGAAUGGCCAAAAUGUCGUACUAGACCACACCUGUAAAGUGCUCGGCACAUUUCCAAUUGGGACCCGCUCCGAUGUUAUGCUUGCAGAUGCAGUCUGGAGUAACAACGGUUACGCCGUAAACAAUGGCGAGCGCAUGAGCUUCUAUUUCGCACUCCCCCAGAUUUUACAGGGAAAAACAAUGGCAAAUAAUGUAGUCCUCACCGACGGAAGGAACAUAUACACGCUCAUGUACCAAGCUGCACGUCUGUUUUCCGCUUACGCUACAGAUGCUGCGAAUUGGCAAGCACGUGCGACCUCAUUGGGCUUCAGUCGCUACGCCUAUACCAACGAUGCCGUGUAUGGUGCGGGCAAAACAGUCAACGACAUGAUCGGUAACGACUUCCUGGUUGUGGUACUAUCAUUGAUCACUCGCUACGACUUCCGUCCAUACUUUACCGCACACGGCGUUUUCUACACGUCGCUUGCGAACACACAGGUCUCAGCAAACACUCCAAGCGGUGGCUACAAGGCCCUAGGAUCACCACAUGUGGUGCUUGGGAACCAGUAUCCAAAGACGAACCUGGCCGUCACUCCAGAAGGGGGACCUGGGGCAUAUGUGUCUCGCAAUGUCGGGAUAGAUAUCACAAACGCGGCGACAACCUGGCCAGGAGCGGACAACAAUCUGGAUGGGUUGCCAGAGGACCUAGUGGGAUUUCAUCCGAGGAAUUGCCCGGGUGUUACGGUACCUUGA